CAUCUCAGGUUGAAGACUCAAAUGUUGUGGUUGAUGCCUAAAAGGCACGACACGUCGCGCGGCAUGGGCGCGUGGCUGUUUGCACAGGAUCUGCCUCCACCCGCACCUUUCCCAGCCUAACACUUCGGUUGACCCUUUCUACCCUUUGCGCUCCCAACAACGUAAAAUACCGGCAAACGGCAUCCUCCAUCUUUCUCUUCAACACAUGCCGACCUUCAGCUCCAGAACUCUACAUACAGAUAGUACACUCCACCAAACACACGAAUCCCCUCACGAUGGCCAAAAAGAAGAGCGUACCCAGGAAGAAGCAGAAAAGGGGGACGAAGACCAAACGGGUCCACCAAGAGACCAUCGAGCAGCUGGGCGAUCAGGAUGGCAAACAGGAUAAGCCCAAGAAACACAAGUGGCCACCGACGAGAAUGGAAGAAAGAUGACGGUCAUCAUGGGAGGAGAAGCGGAGAUGGAAAAGCUCUGGGACAGCAUGCAGAUGACUAUUGCUAUUCAACUCCAGUCCAAUACGAUCUGGGAAAGGCUGGAGCGUAUCUGGGCAGCCCUCGACACCCAGCCGAGUACAAACACCACGAGCCAUAUUGGACGAGAUAAAUUCAAGAAGGUGGAAGAGGAAGUCGGACAACUCAUUGGUCGCAUGAGAGAUGCGAUCAAUGCCAACAACAGGCAGGCUGCUCAGGAAGGAAUUCAGAUUUCGGACCUGAUUUCUGUCGACUUGUCAAUGAUGGAAGGCUUGGAUGUCAAAGAGGUUGUGACAGGAUUUGAGUUGGAUCUGCUCAAAGUGACGAUGAGCAUAAAUUGGUGCGUCAGUGGUCUUUCUCAAGCCAGUCAGCCAGUGGACCAUGACGGCCUUGACUCUGUUCCCUCGGACAAUGACAGAAUUCGUCUCAGAGGUGGUUGGGGGCUUCAAAGCUGGUGGCUACCCUGAUGUGGAACUUUGCAUGAAGGC